UCAUUUGAUCACUGCUAUGCAUAAACUUAAUGUACUCAUCGAAAAAAAUGUACACAGGAGUGUCAUAACGGACCGUGUGGACAAAGCGAAUCAUGUCAGAAACAGGGAACAGGCUGAGAAUAUGGACAGAGAUAAUAAUUAACGAGUAAGACCAGUGGAGGAAGCCGUCCAUAUCAGAAGACAUGGGCCCGCUUUGUACAGAUACCAGCGGGACUCUUAAGAACUUAGAGUUUGUGCAUGACAGCGAUCAGACGAACCUUAUUUAUCAGAUUCAAAUGUGUUGUAUUAAGAAAAGAAGUUAAACCAAGAAGCAAUUGAAAUAGUAUUAAGACACUGGUGUUAUAACGUAAUGCCUUGUAUCAUUGAAAUAAAACAUGCCUAGUGAAACGUUUCGCGCAUGCGUUGCUGUGUGUCAGAUUAACAUGCUGACAUUUAUACAGUAUAUGAUAAAGUGUUUUUGCUAUUAUAUUCCAGGAAAGUCACGUUUGCCAGCCAGAACUGCCGACCAACAAGAAGACACUCCUAAGUCAGUUGUAUUCAGCAGUGUUCUGCGUUCUGAGAAAGAAAGAGAGCAGGUGCCUGCAGAAGAAAAUAAAUCCCACUACCAGGAGCUGGAUCCACGUGACAUACAAUCUCCGUCACCAUAUCAAAGUCUAACUGAAGGUGACGAUGGUGCUAUGACCGAAUAUGAAAGGAACAAUUACGAAACCCUCAAAGGCGAUCCAGUGAAUAAGGAUUACGAACAACUCCGGGGAGAUGAUGGUUAG